CUGCGCGCACGGCUGCCUGGCGCCCUUCCAGCGCGGCGCACUCACGCGGGCGGCCGAGGAGGAGGCUCCAGCCUGACUGACGCCUCUGGAGCCGCUGUCUCGGUCCCGCCGCCGCCCGCCCGGGCCCUGCAGCUACCGCGCAGCCCGAGAGCGCGGGGGGACACGCGUGGCACCACACCGACAGAGUUGGGUCUCCCAUCCACCCACCCAAGGGCUCUGGAGGAAGUCAGCCCCCCACUGCUUCCGGAAGAAGAGGCAAGCCUGUUCCCAUGACAUCCGCGGACAAGUGCUUGGUACAGAGCUGCCCAGGGCCCCGCAAGCUUUGACCAGCCUCCUCCUCUGUCCGUGCGCGCGCAGGAGCCUGAGGUCCGCCUCCUAUGCACCCCAGCACCCCCAUCAGCUCCCUCUUCUCCUUCACCAGCCCCGCAGUGAAGAGGCUGCUGGGCUGGAAGCAGGGGGAUGAGGAGGAGAAGUGGGCAGAGAAGGCCGUGGACUCUCUGGUGAAGAAGUUGAAGAAGAAGAAAGGGGCCAUGGACGAGCUGGAGAGGGCGCUGAGCUGCCCAGGCCAGCCCAGCAAGUGUGUCACCAUCCCCAGGUCCCUGGACGGCCGUCUGCAGGUGUCCCACCGCAAGGGGCUGCCCCAUGUCAUCUACUGCCGAGUGUGGCGCUGGCCGGACCUGCAGUCCCACCACGAACUGAAGCCCCUGGAGUGCUGUGAGUUCCCCUUUGGCUCCAAGCAGAAGGAGGUCUGCAUCAACCCGUACCAUUACCGCCGAGUGGAGACACCAGUUCUGCCUCCAGUACUGGUACCAAGACACAGCGAGUACAACCCCCAGCUCAGCCUCCUGGCCAAGUUCCGAAGCGCCUCCCUGCACAGUGAGCCCCUCAUGCCGCACAAUGCCACCUACCCGGACUCUUUCCAGCAGCCCCCCUGCCCCGCGCCACCUUCCUCGCCUGGACACGCGUUCCCGCAGUCUCCGUGCCCCAGCAGCUACCCGCACUCCCCAGAAAGUCCGUCUGAGUCAGACAGUCCAUUUCAACACUCAGACUUCCGGCCGGUUUGCUAUGAGGAACCCCAGUACUGGUGCUCCGUUGCCUACUAUGAACUCAACAACCGGGUCGGAGAGACUUUCCAGGCGUCCUCGCGGAGCGUCCUCAUAGACGGCUUCACCGACCCCUCCAACAACAGGAACAGGUUCUGCCUCGGGCUUCUCUCAAACGUCAAUAGGAACUCAACCAUCGAGAACACCAGGAGGCACAUCGGGAAGGGUGUGCAUUUGUACUACGUUGGGGGCGAGGUGUACGCGGAGUGCGUGAGUGACAGCAGCAUCUUUGUGCAGAGCCGGAACUGCAACUAUCAGCAUGGGUUUCACCCCGCCACGGUCUGCAAGAUCCCCAGCGGCUGCAGUCUCAAGGUCUUCAACAACCAGCUCUUCGCCCAGCUGCUCGCCCAGUCCGUGCACCACGGCUUUGAAGUCGUGUACGAGCUGACUAAGAUGUGCACGAUUCGGAUGAGCUUCGUGAAGGGUUGGGGAGCUGAGUAUCAUCGUCAGGAUGUCACCAGCACCCCCUGCUGGAUUGAGAUUCAUCUCCAUGGACCACUGCAGUGGCUGGACAAGGUUCUAACUCAGAUGGGCUCCCCGCAUAACCCCAUUUCUUCAGUGUCUUAACAGUCAGGGCGUCAGCUACGCGGCCACAGAACAGAUGCAGGCAGUGGCUUCUGUCAUUUCAACCUGCUGCUAAUGGAAGUUUCUGGAUGCAGGUGUAAAUACAUAUAAUGCAUAUUAUUCACAGCUUUGUCACCAUUUGCAUUGUGCUGCCUGGUUAACCUGGGCUAGCCCGGUGUGGUUCGAGAACGGCGUUUUCCAGGCCCGUGCUGGGAUGAGGACCCAUGUCUCCCGGGAGAGGGGAACCAGUGUGUAAAGGGCGUUGGCAGACUCCGAGGCCCCUUCAGUCGGCUCCUCACUGUGCAGGAUGCUGUUUCCCCUGAGUAAACACAAAGCUGCUUUUGUUAAGGAAAUGAAAAAGCAAAGAAAAAAAUCCAAAACAAAAACAAACUAACAAAAAGGACGGGGCUUGGGAGCACUAGAGCAAAACCCAGUCAAACCCACAUGGUUUAAAAGAAAACAUCUCACGUGCAAUGUGAAUGGCAAGAAAGGAAGUCAAACCCACAGUGGUCUGUAAGAUGAGCCCCAGAAAAUUUAUCUCUGAAGUUGAAGUAUGCAAAACCAGGUACUGCAGCGACGUCGGUGGUACGUUCAGACAGACUGAAACUGUGACUGGAAAGGGAGAAACUGUGAAGCCUCCAGUCAUGUGGCCACUGCUUAAAAAGUCGAGGCUAAUAAGGGGGAAGUGUCCGAGACGAGCCAUAGUGACAGCGUUAGUCCAGAGCUCGGUCCCAGGAGCACAGGGGACUUCCACUCUGGGAGUCGGGCUCCAGUCUUCCAGCGCCCCCUGUCGGGGGACCUGCAGAUGGCUGUGUCUGCCUGGGUGCACUCUGUGCACAGUUGAAGCCGCCGCAGACUGAAGGGUUGGGAGGAGUAUCGUGUGACAACAUGCACUGUCCAGCAUGCUCAUACUGAAGCCCCCAAGGUAGGGCACCCUUUGCCAAGUCUUUCCUCCUGGUGGCAGAUACCAAUUAGUUACAAAGAUUAAGACAACAGCAAAGCCCUGGGGGCGAUCUAGAGGUGUCUUUGAAUCAUAUUUACAUAUUGCUUAGCCCGACACCUAUGUUAGAUUAAGUUAUUAGUUGGUUACAUCCUGGCUGUCUCUUCUAAAGCUAUGAAAUGCCUGGGUAUAAUUUCCCAAGUGAGAUGGGAAUGUCUCAUGUGUCCUACAUUUUUGAGGAAACAGUGGUAGGGAACAAUAAGGCAUCUUUAGGAAUGUCUUAUGUAUAUACAUGCAUAUGUCAGUGUGCAUGUAUUAUUAAAGUCUGCUACUUCCUCCUUUGGAUGAUAAAGGGAAAUUGCCUCCAGAUAUCACGGUGUGUGCCUCUCGGUGAUCACCGCAUUGCUUGUAAGUUUACUUCAUGCCCUUUGGGAAGCACACUGUUUAAGAUGGCAUUUAUGCUUGUAAUGGGUAGAGUUUCUGUAAUCUUAAGUUUCCUUCGUUUAAUCUGUUCUACCUAGCAUCAACACACAUGCAUUUAUUGUUUCCCAUUCGAUUGUAUUUAAGAUAGAUAUGAUGUGACAAGUCACACCAUGCCUAGUGUAUCUAUAAAACCUAUCACAUAUAUAUCAUAAAUGUAUAUGAUGUAUACAUAUCAAAAGACACUCUUUUAUGUCUCGCACUAAAGCCUGGGAGCCCACUUAGAGUGUAGAAAAACCCAAGCUCAUUGAUUCAUUAGGUCUGCCUUGCGCAUUUGCGUGUACCACGUACAAUGUCAGGUGCUGCGGAAUCGAACCUACGCUGGAGGCAGCCCCCACCUCCAGGGAGCUGCAAAUGUGACAGUAAGCAUUUGCACAGACUCAGAACUCAUAAAACCCACACAUGCAAAUCUUCUUGGACUAUAAAAGAAUGCAAUCAAGUUCUUAAUUACUGCCGUAUUGAAAUUUUAUGUCUUUUAAGAACAGUUAGGUAAUUUAUCUUUUCAUAAGUGCUACUUUUAUUUCUCACCAUGCCAACUCCUUGCAUCCCUAUAUUUCUGGUAAUUUCCCCAGCUUCGUCCUCGGAAAAAUCAUUUGUAAGGCAGACCUUCUCCAAGUACCCACCCAUUCAAGGACACAAAGCCCUUGUCUCAGAUUUCUCACAGUCCUUUGGAUCUCUCCCCCAAGUGCUCAAACUCCUCCGGCAAUAUGUAGCCAAUCGAUCUGUUCAGAGGUAGAGGUGGGCGGGUUUCUGUGAAUUCAAGGCUACAUAUGAUGAGUUCCGGGACAGCCAAGGCUAUACAGUGAGACCCUGCCUCAAAACAAAAGUAGAAGCUUAAAAACAAAACCAACUACUUGGAUUUCCUUGCGGUAUUAAGAAGGCAGACAAAAUAUUGAAGUGUGCCUGAUUUCUUUGAGAAAGGAAUCAUGGCAUAGGUGCAUAUAUCAUCAGAGAAUUUAGCAUUAAACGGAUGUUAGCCUUCUGCUCUCGUAACAUGGUCACAUUUUAAUCAGCCCCCACCCCCAACUGCUAAGAGAUCUAAAAAGUUCAUAAUGUAAUACUUGACUUCAGACUCCUUUGACCAUUUGGCCUGCAUUCCAUGAUACAGACAAGCAGAAAUAUGCUGUGUAGUGUUGUUUUACAGGAUGAAGAGGAAAGUUGGCAGGCCAGGUCUUUACACAUUGUUGCCCUGGGCAGGGUCGUACAAUGGAGAACUGCACCAGUUCGGCCUGCCCACGAGACGCGGGGUGUUUAUCGCCAUGUUGGAGUCAGUAUUUGUGUGAGUCUUAACCAAAAUAAGACUUGAUUAGUUUGUUUCAGCAGGAUGAUAAUGCUAACAGCUGCUUCAGAGCUAAAAAGAUGCCACCUUUUAGCACACACACACACUUGGGUGUUUAGAAUGCUCUGCCAUUGUCUUCCAAUGAUCAAGUUAUCCCCAUCAUGGCAACAGAAAGAACAGCAAAGCAUCUUAUAAACAUUGCCUGCUGGACGUCAAGCUCUUGCUUAACGCUGAAUGAGUGCCAGAUAUAUCAUGUAUAUAUUUAAUAAAGCAAGUUAUACCAUGCAUUCCAUAUCUUACCUGCUAGAACUCAACAGCUGAACUGUACACGGGUAGGUAGCCCUCGAAUAUGUUAAAGAUGAGUUCAAAUGAAUAUAAAACAGACCUCCAAGAGCAGCCUUUGGUCUGGCAGCCUGGCUUUCUGUCCUGGAAAUGCCGUACAUCAUCAUCUGGUGGUUUAUGGUAGACAAUGCUGUAGAUAGACCUCACACCUUUGGGCUCAUUUUUUGUCAAACUUAGGUAAUAAUUCUGUGUGUAUUAUCUGUGGUUCCUUAAGAUGCUUAAUCAUAAGCUGUCCUACUUGAAAAGAUUUUUAAGAAUUGUUCAUGCUGUAAAAACAUUGGUCACACUUUAUUUUUAACAUCUUGGAAUAAUUGGCAUUAUAUGUGUAAUUUUAAGAAUACUUUGCAGAAAUUUUAGAGGUGGUUGACAGCUUCUCCCCAGCUUAGCACCAGGCUACGACUAAAUAAACCCUUUGUAUGGUGAAAUAAUGGAAGAAGUAAAUUAAAUACACACCAGUUGAGUAUCCUAUCUUAGCAACUCAGCACUAUGCAUGUUAGUCAAGGAACACGUAUGUAUUACGAGGAUUAGCAUGUAAUAUGUAAGGAAAACUUUCACUAAAAGUCAUUUAUUUUUCAUAUGCCAUGAAGUAUGUCUAAUGGAUUAAAAUGUUUUCUAAGAGAAACUUA